AUGGCCGAGAAUCAAGACAGUGCCGCGUUCCUAAAUGGAAGCGCAAUGAAGCCCGAUGCCUUUGAUGGCACAAAAUCCAAGUACAUUGCUUGGAAGACGCAGAUGAAAUUGUACGUAGUCACGCAAAGGAAGCAGCUACCAGAACAGUUUGACAGGGUCCUCAUGAUCCUGUCUUACAUGAAAGGGGGACAUGCGGGCGAAUACGUCGCCACAUUCAUGAAAAAGCAUUUCUUAAUCAAUGAGCAAGCCGAAGCAUACGAUCGGCUCCAAGCAAUGCAGAUGGGGACGCUGUCGGCGCAGGAGUUCUUCUCGAAGUUUGAGUUGUGCGCCUUCCAGGCAAAUAUUCACGACUUCGAAGUGCAUUUCCAGGAACUCAAGUCACUUUUAGAAAAAGCACUCCGGGCUGACAUCAUUCGGCUUCUGUACAAUUUAUCGGAAGAACUACCCACCACAUAUGCGCUCUACAAGCUACAGGUCGCGCACAUCGACCUAAACCAGCAGCAGUACCAACGGCGAAACCCACAAUCCCAGCGGCAAGGACAACUCCAGCCUCGGCAGCAGCAGACACAAGGUGCACCACGAGCACAGACUACGGUGGCCGCGCCAACUGCAAACGCCCCGGUUCAGACACGCCGCGAUGGGACAGGUGUCACAUUUGGCGGCAGAGGCCAGCCAAUGGAGCUAGACCAGGCACGACGCCUGAGCCUUUGCUUCCGAUGUGGAGAAAAGGGUCAUCUUUCGUGCAACUGCCCUAAUCGGCAACAAGCCCAGCAAGUAUGGGCAGCGGAAACCCCGGUAGUUCCUACUACCAAUGCAUUCACACCACUCGCGUUGCUUAACAAAGCUCCUGCCGCGACGGCAGAACCAUUUGACUGGAAGGCGGCAAUUUGCAAAGAAAUUCGUGCGGCCAUGAAGGGUUUUGCAAGCGGUCAGCAAGGUGCGUAG